AUGAAGAGGCGGUCGUGUGGGACAGGAAGCCCGGAGAUGGCCAGCUUGGCUGCAAUAGAGACAAAGACGUUGAGUGAUUCGGUGCUCUCGCUCCUCUGGAGACAGGUUGAAUUGGUUGAGUGUUCUCCCCCUCGUCCCUGCACGCCAGUUCAGAUUGUAGUUCUAGGCUGUGUUCCUGGCGGAAGAGCAGUUUUUCAACCCAAUCAGUCUGAGCGGCGAGGAUGUAUUGAAAAGUCUGCUCCUGGUCCUCAUGCGUUUCUGGUGGUCAUCAGACUGUGUGUAAAAUACACAGCGGAGGAGAAAAACACAGUGAAAUGGAUUCAGGAGAACUUUGGAAAAAAAGCUGCUCAUUAUACCAUCAUUCUGUUCACUCACGCUGAUGAUCUAGAUGGAAAACCAUUAGAUGAGUAUAUCACUGAAAGUGACGACCUUCAGGCGCUUGUUUUUAAGUGCAGUGGCAGAUUUCACUCUUUCAACAAUAAGGACAGGACAAACCGUGAUCAGGUCACUGAACUGUUGAGAAAGAUAGAGAACAUGGUGGAGGCGAAUGGACAACAGCACUACACUAAUGAUAUGUACCAGGAAGCUCAGAGAAAGAUAAACAUAGAACAAUUCUGGUUUGAGAAACCUAGAAUUGUUCUGCUUGGAAAAACUGGAUCAGGAAAGACAAAAACAAGAAAAAACAUUGUGGGCAGAGAGAGAAAUAAUUCACCAAAUUCUGCUACUGAAACUUGUGAACAAAAAGAAGCAUGUGUGGCUGGAAAGAGCAUGAGAAUAAUCGACACUCCAGGACUAAUUGAUGCAUCAGAAGAGAAGAUAAAGGAUGAAAUAGAGAAGCUUGUCAGUAUGUCUCAUUCUGGUCCUCAUGUGUUUCUGCUGGUGAUUAAAUUGGGGAGGUUUAUAGAUGAGGAUAAAAACAUAAUAAAAUGGAUUCAGAAGAACUUUGGAGAAGAUGUUUUACAUCACACCAUCAUUCUAUUCACUCACGCUGAUCAGCUGAAGGGAAAAUCAUUAGAUGAGUACAUCAGAGACACUCCAGAUCUACAAGAAUUUACCAAGGGUUUUGGUGGCAGAUUUCACUCAUUUAAUAAUGAAAAUAUGGAGAACCGCGAUCAGGUCUCUGAACUGCUGAAGAAUAUUGAGAAGAUGGUGGAGAGAAAUGAAUGGAGGUACUACACCAGUCAGAUGAUCUCAAAAGCUCAGAGAAGGAAGCUGUUCUGGUCUGGGAAACCGAGGUUUGUGCUGCUGGGUAAAACUAGAUCUGGAAAGAGCACCACAGGAAACACCAUUGUGGGUCAAGACCGUUUUAUGAGGAGAAAUUCAACAGAUUUUGCUACUAAAUCUUCCAAACUACAUAAAGCAUAUGUGGAUGGAAAGAGAAUGAAAAUAAUUGACACUCCAGGGUUUAUUGAUGCACCACAAAAAAAUAAGAAUGAAAUAGUGAAGUUUGUCGAGCAGUCUGCUCCUGGUCCUCAUGUAUUUCUGCUGGUCCUCAGACUUGAUGUGAGAUUGACAGAAAAGGAGAAAAACAUAGUGAGAUGGAUUCAGGAGAACUUUGGAGUAGAAGCUGCACGUUACACUAUUGUUUUAUUCACUCAUGAUGAUGCACUAGAAGGGAAUCCAUUAGAAGAGCAUAUUAGAGAAAAUAAUGAUCUCCAGGCUCUUGUUAAUUAUUGUGGUGGCAGAUAUCACUCAUUCAACAAUAAAGACAUGGCAAACCACUCUCAGGUCCCAAAACUGCUGGAGAAGAUUGAGGAGAUGAUGGAGAGAAAUGAAGGAGAGCACAACACUGAGAUGAAUCAGGAUGCUCAGAUGAUACUAGACAGAUCACACUUCUGGUCAGAGAAUCCUCGGAUUGUAUUGCUGGGUAAAACUGGAUCAGGAAAGACCAGUGCAGUUGAAACCAUUGUGGGCAGAGAGAGUUUUACUAAAACCUGUAAGCUACAAGAAGCAUGUGUGGCUGAAAAGAAUGUGACAAUAAUCGACACUCCAGGACUGACUGACGCAUCAGAGAAGAUAAAGAAUGAAAUUAAGAAGUUUGUCAGCAAGUCUGUUCCUAGUCCUCUUGUGUUUCUGCUGGUCAUCAGACUGGACGAGAUAUUCACAGAUGAAGAGACAAACAAAGUGAAUUCAUGGAUUCAGGAGAACUUUGGAGAAGUUGCUGCACGUCACACUAUCAUUCUGUUCACUCAUGUGGAUCAUCUGAGCGGUAAAUCAGUAGUUAAGUAUAUUAGUGAGAGAAGGUUUUUACAGUCACUAAUUGAUAGCUGCAGUGGCAGAUUUCACUCAUUCAACAAUCAGAACAGAAAUGACCAAAAUCAGGUCAUAGAACUGCUGAAGAUUGCAGAAAAAAUGGCAGAGGGAAAUGAAUUAGAGGACGAAACAAAUGAGAAAUGUCGAGGAUUUGUCAAAAAUGGAAUUCGUAGACUACGUAAUAUUGCAAUAGGAGCUGGAACCACAGGAACAGUAGCCAUAGUAGCAGGAGGCAUUGCACUGGGAGUAACAGAGGUGGUCUUAGCACCAGCACUAGGAGUUACAGUUGGAAUUGUAGCUGUAGUUGGAGCAGUUGUAGCUGGAGGACUAGCGAUCUAUAAAAGGUUUGCUUAAAAAGAUUAGGAUGUGUGAAGAAUUUUAUAAAAUGUUUAAUUGCGUAAUAUGAUGUAAAAUGAUGCAUCAAGGGAACAAUUCUCAUUCUGACCGUCUCUUAUUCUUUCACAGUGUUUCAUAGUUAUGUGGUGAUAUACUGUGUGUCCUUUGCUGCCAGCCCAGAUAUCCCCUAAGUCUGAGGCUGGUAUACAUGCUUUUUCUAUUUGUAAUUGUCACUGAGGCUGUGGAUAGAUUAUACAUUAUAUAACAUUAUAUAAGAUCAAAAGGGUAAUUUUUACAAAGUAGACUUGGUCAUGAUUAAAUCUUCAGUAUUUAAUAGUAAUGGUAGUUCAAUAUUCAGUAAUAAUUGAAUCAGAGGGCUUAAUUUUAUUUUGUACAUAAAUUUAAAAAAUAAUUAAUUUUAUUUACAUAAUAAAGGUAAAUAAGAGUUUUGACCUUUAAUGUGAUAAUGAUAAAUGUGACCUGUGGCUGGCAAAAUGAGUCGGAAUGCACACAGGCUAAUUUUGAGCAACAGCUAGGCAAAAAAAGUGUCAAAUUUGAUUUUUCACACACAAAAAAAAAGGUUAAUUAAGCCCUUGUCUGGCAAUCCCAUUGCUCCAAAUAGUAAUUAAACAUCUAAAAUUAACUUUAUUUGUAUAUUUUCUGAGAGGAGUGCCUAUUUAUCUGUUCUCCUGCUGACUUACAUUCGAUGCAUGCUAUCCCAACAUAUACACAUAUAACAGAUUAUGUUUGCAUGAAUUUUUAAAUACUGUAAUUCUGUGUAUAUCUUUAAAUGAAAGUUUGGUUAGCUGGUGGGAAAAAACAUCUUAUGUGGAACAUAUUGGGGCAGUCGUGGCCUAAUGGAUAGAGAGUUGAACUUGUAAUUCAAAGGUUGCGGGUUCGAGUCUCAGGUCCAGCAGAGAUUGUAGGUGGGGGGAGUGAAUUUCCAGUGUUCUCUUCCAC